ACGGUGAUGUCCAGUGCACUCGGCCAGAGCUGACGUUUGCCGACGCCCCGCUCAAGACCUGUCCAAAGACAGGAACGCAGAACCGGUGACCUAGGAAUAGCACUAGUGCGUUUUACCCUGUACUUUAUUAUACCCUGGCACAUCCUAGCUGCAGUCCUUCACCAUUUUACGCUGCCACUAGUGUGGACCGACUUGAACGUUUGCAAUAGUAAAGAUACGAUUUAAGUCGGUAGUCUGUGCCGUCCUCAUUUAUUGCGCUGACUGCUGCGCGUUCAAGGGUGCUGCCAGGCCAGGCGCAGUGAAAUGUCGGAGAAAGUUAUGAUAAUAUUUUCACGCCGAUCACUUGCAAGUAGCAGCGAGUUGGCCGAUGAGUGAUUGCGAGAAUUCUGUCGCCUACUAUCAUAGGUUCAGAGUGAGAAACCGCUUGCUGUAAUUCGCUGCUCUUACUUAGUCUUAGCCUGUAGGUCAUCACAGACAUCAGUCCUGACACUGUAUAGACCGAGGUGCUCUAGUGCCGCUGGUACCAGUAUUCAGUAAGGCUGUGCCCGUGCCCAUCUAUCUGUAAUACUCUUUGCUACUGACUGUAGUUCUUGAAGUAGCUUGCUCAGCACUGCCUAUGCCGCGGCUCCGUUCCGAAUACGUGCUGCUGGAACCAGGUCGGCCUGCAGAUUGAUACGUGUCGCUACUGAGAGGAUAAUUAGUAAGGGCGCAGCAGUGGCGUGUUAUUACUUCCACGGACGACGUACAUGUAGAUGUGUACGGGCGCUGGAUUGGCAGGAGUGGUGUGAACCAUUCGAGCAUAGGAUUGGAGGAGGUUAAAUCCCAGUUGUGCUUUGUCCAGCCCUAGCAUUGGCAAGGUGUUACGGCCACUAACGGCGGUCUGCCAGGAAGCAAUUGUCAACAAGCACUUUGUUUCUCCGUCAAACUCAGCAGCGGCUCGAACAGGAAGGAAGUCUACGCGUAUAGUGUUAGCAUCGUUGUCUUUCUCUACUCUCGCAGGCCUGUGACUCAGAGGCAGAGCCUGUUCGUACUGACGACGUGUAAGUUAGGAGUCUAAACUGCUCGUACGCACCCACUUCACCUGUACUAGGUAAUACCUUUCCUGUCUCUGCUGAGCUAGGGAGAAACUCAGGGACUUGGAGAGAGUUGUGACGGUGGUAAUACUUGGUAGUGUGCAGACACCAUUAGUACAACGGUACGCGGUGUUCGGCGGUUCAUUCGGAGCACGUGUUGUCUUCUGCAUGUAUGUGGAUCACGCGAAGGGCGCUCCCCAAUCUCUACUAGCAGUGUGUCACGGAGUGUCAGUUGACAAGAUACCGUAACUACAAGUCACUACUCCACGCUCACUGAUCGGUGGUUUUCUGCUGCUGGCAGGCCUCUACAGACCUCCCUGUUUCUGACAACGCUUUCCCUGGCCCCACGACUAACGUCCCCUGAGUGAGUGGCAGUGGCAGAAAGACGCGGGUCUGUCAACGCAGCCUAGCAGCCUUCUGUCGACGGUGGUCAAGUAACUAAACAGUUGAAAGAAAAAUACAGACAGGAGAUAUUCUCGCCAUCAGUGGCACAUCACUUCCUCCGAUGCUGCUCACCGAAUAGAGGCUCCACUGAUUUGCAUCUAUCUGUAGCAGAUCUGGAAAGAUUGUAUGCAAUGAGUAAGGUGUUAUGCCGCAGCGACUCCCUGGAUUCGGGACAGGCUAGUAUAGGAUGUGCAGAAGACGGGGACUACCUCAACGACGAUCUUAUGGAAAUGGAAACUUUCUCCGACUGUGAUCAGUUGCUCUCAUCGUCGGAUAGCGAUGAGAUUCGCAACAACUUCAAAUCAGAAGAGUAUGAUGGUGGUGAGCAAACACCUAUGUCAGGCGUCAGCGUAUCGCGGAGAUCAUCAUCUCGACGCGUUACCUUCGACCCGAAUGUGCUCAUGAAGCAGGCAAUCCUGGAAGGGGAUUUCUGCACUCUACGUACUCUGCUCUACCAGGAUGCAAUGGAACACGGACAUCAAUUUCAACUAGGAGGUGUGAGUGCUAAUGCUACUACUACUAGUGGUGGUCGUGGUGGUGUUGGUCAGCAAGUGUCAUUGGCAGCCGCCGCAGCAGCUGCAGAUGAUGACGCUCGGACAGUGUGUAGAUUUCAGACAUUGCUUUCUUGUGCAAGUGUGGAUGCGUCCAGUGACCCAGUGCCAGUGACGGCGGAUUGUGAUAAUCAUCGUCGAGAAGCUGAGCAGUGCAAUAGGGAUGUAGCAUCAUUUCCUCCUAUGAUUCCUACAAUCUCGUGUUCAGUGGAGGAGAUGUGCAAUGGCAAUGCAAACAGUGCGGCAUCUAGCUCUACCACUAUUGCCAGCAAUUUACGUGUAGAGGUGCGACAGAACAAGUCGCCUUCAUGCAACAGAGAGAGUUCAAUAUCGUCCUCAAGCAGCGCCAGCAGCAGCAGUAGCAGCGUCUCAGCAGAUUGUGACAUGUCCGGUGUACCCGAUUCGCCUCUCUGCCGCUCUCCAAGGCACAGCGGUGUACCUAGAGUGAACGUAAAUGCCACGGACAAUGACGGUCUGACUCUGCUGCAUUUGUGCUGCUUUGCCGGUGCUGCAGACUGUGUUCGACUGCUGGUUGAGCGGGGUGCGGAAGUGGAUGCGGCCGAUGAGGCCGGCUGGACGCCAUUGCAUGUGGCAGCCUACGAGGGUCUAACUGAUGUGGUACAGACCCUUGUCAGUGCUGGUGCGACCAUUGAGGCGCGAGACGAAGAAGGGCUGCGCCCCGAAGACGUCGCCUGCAGUGAUCGCAUUCGACAAGUGUUUGAGGAGUUGAAGGCAGGGGGCAAGAGCAACUGAGAGAGGUCAUGUACCCCUGCACUUCUACUGGUCGUGGAUAUUCUGCAAGGCACACAAGUAGCAAACCACUGCAAUGCAGUAUGUGCUUGCAAGGAGGAGAUGAGCACCGCAAAACCUCUACUGGUCAGCCAUUGAGAACUCUGAGGCCGUGUGUAGUGGAGAAUGGGGUGCGGGCGAUGCCAAUGCAAGCAGGCGUAUAUUCACAAGUAGCGGCGAUUUAGUGGUGUACUUAUGGUAAGUGACUGAAUACAAGGCAUGUGGGUCGACAACUGUUCUACCCUAUGCCCGUCGUAUGGAGUAUUCUGUGCUGGUAUUGGCAGUGUACUAUCACUGUGCAGAAUUCUCUAUCUCACCUGAAACCCAGGGUCUAAAUCUCCAUCAUUGCCGCAUCACUGCAUCACUGCAUUACUAGCAACGAUCCAAUAACACAGCAUAACUACCCCACUCGCAGCCGCCCCUCAAGCCUAGCCCAUACAGCCUGCCUGCCAAAACAGCCGUGGAAAUGAAGAGGCUCUCUUUGACUGCUUCCUUUGGGCGUGCCCACCCAACAGGCAGUAAGGUCAUUGUUUCUUGCAUCUGAGUGCUCAACCGGUCGCUUCUGGCUGUGAAAGGAUUGUCCCUUCUGGCUGUGAAAGGAUUGUCCCUUCUGGGCCUAGUUGAUGCCCGAUCAGUUGCGACGGCAUUAGCUAUAAUUUCUUCAGAGUGGGCCCAUAUUCUAUGUUCAGAGUGGCCCCCUAGCCCGGCAUGCAGUGUCACCCAGUUAGCACCCUGCAACGAACCGGCCUCUGACUCUGCACACUGACCCAGUAUACCCCCAGACAGCAGAAACAUGACUAGUCUAGAGAGCUAUAACCUAUAUUUCACCUGGGACUGGACAGCAAAUCGUCAUGCUCUGCUUUUUUGUAUGACUGUGCCCCACCUCCGCACUGUACGCAGGGCGGAUUGCCCACUAUUCCAUAAUUUUCUUUUAAGGCUGUGACAGAUAGCACGCUGAGUUCAUCAAAGCACCCAACACUGGUCACAUUCUAUUAAUUGAGGCCGUUGAAAUCCGACUCCCCUGCUUCCCCUUGAUGGCCAAUAAUACCAUAGAUAAAACCAUAACAGUCCCUUACUCUUCAGACUCUAGCUGCUUGGCCAUUAAGCAAUCCAUUGUAGCUGCUGGUUCAGCUGCUCUGUGUUUCUGGCCUGCAAAGCCAAGUAUCAUCCGUCCCCUUGUGUACUGGCCUAUGCUGGAGGUGUGGUGUUGCGGCUAUUACUUCCUGGACGCUAAUCCAUAGCAAUUCAGUUGAUAUCUAACGUGCAGGAUUUCAAUUCGUAUAAGUAAGUAACUGAUAGCACACCAUUUCAACUUGAUCAGAACUCUAACUAACACUAAGUCUUCGUAACUCCAUUCUGUGUUAGCUUACAGAAUGAUAAGAUUGACAUCUACCUGUAGAUCGUAAUCUGAUUACAAAACCUAACCACCCAUCCUAUAUUUCCUUCAUUUUCGUAGCAGAAACACUGUUUACAUCCAGUUAACAAUGGCCUUGGCUCGAAUAUUCCAACCACUAUUAAACUACUGUUGAAUCUAUUGCAAGGUGUUUCCAGCUAACGUGCUUACGAUAUGCUCAUACUUGAUUUAGCUCCAACGCUCUAACGCUGUUCCGUUGAGUAUAACUUGACAUCUACACGUUCAGUGGGUAAAACACGUACCGGUACUACGAA